AAGGCGAGAGCGAGAGAAGGAACGCCAGGCUCACUAUCUGUCUUUGACUAUAAUAACGGAGUUCCCAACCUUUCUUCCCUUAUUUCCCCUUCACUUUCCGUUUUAAAUAGUUAUUUCCCCUGUUAUAAAUAUAGUUGUUACUUUUUCUUUAGUGUUUCCUGCGUUUUGAGGCUUCUGAACGAUAGUUGUGAUUUGCAGCGUUUUUGGACAUUGUUUGUGGUGCCCCAAUUGAUUGUCGGACAGCCGAGAAUGCUUGGAUGAGCUGCUUCGCUAAAAGCCGGAGAUGGAGUUGCUGUUGAUCUGCCUUUCCCUGUGGAUAUUGCAAUGCAAUUCUGCCGGAGCGGACUCCAUCAUUCAUAUUGGUGCCAUAUUUGAGGAAAACGCUGUCAGGGAUGAUGAAAUUUUUCAACUUGCCAUUUCUGACCUAAGCCUCAACGACGACAUUCUACAAAGCGAGAAAAUCACCCACUCUGUAAAACGUAUCGAGGCUAACAACCCAUUUCAAGCAGUGCAGGAAGCCUGUGAGCUGAUGAACCAGGGCAUCCUGGCUCUGGUGACGUCUACAGGCUGUGCAGCCGCCAACGCCCUCCAGUCCUUGACCGACGCCAUGCACAUACCCCACCUGUUUAUCCAGAGGAAUGGCGAGGGCACGCCACGCACCUCCUGCCACCUCAACCCCAGCCCUGAUGGGGAGAGCUACACCCUGGCCGCUCGUCCGCCUGCUCGCCUCAACGACGUCAUGCUGACCCUGGUCACUGAGCUGCGCUGGCAGAAGUUCAUCAUCUUCUAUGAUGCUGACUAUGACAUCCGCGGGUUGCAAACAUUCCUGGACCAGGCGUCUCGGCAGGGUCUGGACGUGUCUCUGCAGAGGGUGGACCGCAAUGUGAGCAGGGUGUUCACCAACCUGUUCAGCACCAUGCGGACCGAGGAGCUCAAUCGCUACCGGGACACUCUGCGGCGGGCCGUGCUGCUCAUGAGCCCCCGAGGAGCACAGGUGUUCAUCCACCAGGCUGUGGAAACCAACCUGGCAUCCAAGGACAGCCAUUGGGUUUAUGCCAAUGAGGAGGUGAGUGACACAGAAAUCAUGGAGCUGGUCCACAGUUCGUUGGGCCGGAUGACCGUCAUACGGCAGAUCUUCCCUCUGUGGAGAGACACCAACAUCCGCUGCAUGAGGAACAACCACCGCAUCUCCUCUCUGCUCUGUGACCCCCAGGAGGGCUACCUGCAGUCCCUGGAGGUCUCCAACUUGUACCUGUAUGACAGUGUGCUGAUGCUGGCCAAUGCCUUCUACAGUAAGCUGGAGGACAGAAAGUGGCAUAGCAUGGCUAGUCUGAACUGCAUGAGGAAGUCCACCAAGCCCUGGAAUGGAGGCUGGUCUAUGCUGGACACCAUCCAGAAGAGACGGAUCACCGGGUUAACAGGAAUGAUGGACUUCCGUGCCGACGGUUCUAACUCCCACAUCCAGUUUGAGAUCCUGGGGACCAGCUACAGUGAGACGUUUGGGAAAGAUGUCAAACGGUUGGCGACUUGGGACUCAACUCGUGGGUUGAACGGUAGUCUAAAGGAGAGUCGGAUAGAGAACGGCAUGCAAGGAGUGACGGUCAAGGUGGUAACAUUACUAGAGGAACCCUUUGUGAUGGUAGCUGAGAACAUUCUUGGGCAACCUAAACGCUACAAAGGCUUCUCCAUUGAUGUUCUGGAUGCUCUGGGCAAGAUCCUGGGCUUCAAGUAUGAGAUUUACCAGGUGGCCGAUGGAAAGUAUGGAACCCCUACCUUUAACGGCUCCUGGAACGGCAUGAUAGGAGAGCUCAUCAGUAAGCGAGCAGACUUGGCAGUAUCAGCCAUCACUAUAACUCCAGAGAGGGAGAGUGUGGUGGAUUUCAGCAAGCGCUACUUGGACUACUCUGUGGGGAUUCUGAUGAGGAAGUCUGAGGAGAAGAUCAAUAUCUUCUCUCUCCUGGCACCCUUUGACCUGGCCGUUUGGGCGUGCAUCGCAGCCGCCAUCCCCGUGGUUGGUGUCAUGAUCUUCAUCCUGAGGCGGGUCCAGUCGGUCCGUCCUGCAGGGGGACACCAGGCCACCUCUGUGUCCACCUCCCUCCAGAGCGCCAUCUGGAUUGUCUAUGGAGCUUUUGUGCAGCAAGGGGGAGACUCCAUCCUGGGUUCUGUGGCUCUACGUAUCGUCAUGGGCAGCUGGUGGCUUUUCACCCUCAUUGUGUGUUCCUCCUACACGGCCAACCUGGCAGCCUACCUCACGGUAUCCCGCAUGGACAACGCUGUGCGGACAUUCCAGGACUUGUCCAAACAGAUGGACCUAGCCUACGGAACAGUGAGAGACUCAGCCGUGUAUGAGUACUUCAGAGCCAAAGGCACCAACGCUCUGGAGCAGGACAGCACCUUCGCUGAGCUCUGGAGAACCAUCAACAAGAAUAACGGACACGAACACUCAGUCUCCAGCCCAUCUGAAGGCAUCCGCAAGGCCAAGAGAGAUUCCUUUGCCUUCCUGUGGGACAUGGCUGUGGUGGAGUAUGCUGCUCUGACAGAUGAUGACUGCACCCUGACAGUGACAGGCAACAGUAUGAGUAGUAAGGGCUAUGGCCUGGCCCUGCAACAUGGCAGCCCCUACAGAGACCUCUUCUCCCAGAAGAUCCUGGAUCUGCAGGAGAAAGGGGACCUGGACAUCCUGAAGCAGAAGUGGUGGCCCAGGAAGGGUCGCUGUGACCUGGACAGCCACUUGGAGGCCCAGCCAGAGGGCAGGUCCCUGAGGCUCCAAAGCUUUGCUGGGGUCUUCUGCAUCCUGGCAGCAGGGCUGCUGCUGGCCUGCCUGGUGGCCGCCCUGGAGACCUGGUGGAGCAGCAACCGCUGCCGGCGUGAGCAGCCCAAAGAGGACAAAGAGGUGAAUCUAGAGCAGGUCCACAAGCGUUUGAACAGCCUCCUGGAUGAGGACAUGGUGCACAAGCAGCUGCCGGGCCAAUCUAUCGAGAUCUCUGCCCUGGACAUCAGCAGCAUGCAGCCCAGCCAGUCCCUGGAAGGCCUGCCUUCACGGGACCACUACCUGGGCCAUCACAGGGAGUCGGUCUCUGUGACCACUUUCCUCCAGGAGGGACAAGGAGCAGGAAGGACACUUGGCAGGGGCACUGGCAGAACCCUCCCCCUCAGCAGCGCCACCAUGCCCGCUAUCCGCUGCAAACACAGGGCGCCCAACGGGGGGCUCUGCCAACAGAGCCCUGUCAAGACACCAAUGCCAAAGUCAUACCAAUCAGGGCCUGGAAGAACCAUUCCAGAAGCCAUUGAUGUAAGCCAUGGGACUUCAAUCUGACUACUCAGCCUCAGCGCAAUCACAGACACUCAAGCUCCGUUUAUACUAGGUUCUAACAUGCAUCUUUUUUCCUCCACAUUCUGAUUGUGCCCACAUUUUUUGACAGGUGUAGAUAAUGGAAAGAUGUUUUGUGAUCUGAUUGUGAGCAGAUGGCUAUCUUACAAGUGUAGACGGAUCUGGACAGUGAAACCAUUUAAGUCAUCAUUACACAACCCUCUGAAAUCAUUGACUUUUGGCAUCAAUACUGUAUGUGUAUUAAAAAAUAUAUAUUAUUUGGAAAUAUGCUUUUGUUAAAUAUUUUGCAUACAGGGAGGGACCAGGAAAUCUGGUCAACAAUGCGUGGACCCAUGUCUGAAAUUGUGGGCCCAAUCAGAAUGUGGACAAGAUCAGGAUUCAUGUUGACUGUGGUGAGCUAUAGGCUAAAGGAUCAAUCGUCACAGGUGAGAGAAAAUAUAAAUGUCUGGCAUUUUAUUUUAUUUUUCGCUGAAGAAAUAUGGAGGAAAACAGAAUUAGGAAAAUUACUUUCAUGUACAUAUUUGUAAGUAAGGACAAUAAGAGGUGAGGGGAAAAAAAACUGUAUUUUGAAUAUUCUCAAUUUUUUAAGUUGGGUUUAAAAAACAUACAAAAUUAUACAAAAAAUUACUGUUUGAAUGGCUUUGUAAAAUUUGUUCUAAAUUAAGGUGAUAAUUCCUUCUGGUUGUUUUCUAAGUGCCAAGUUCAAAGAUGUUUUCUUUCAAAUUAACAUUAUAUGAAUGUACGAAAUUUAUGAAAAGACACUUCAAAGACAGUGGAAAGAGUUGAUUUGUUUCAUAUGAAAACAAUAAAGAAUUAU